AUCAGAGCCAGGAACAGACGCAAGACACGCACUUGACGUAAAGAUGGCGGCUGCUAGAGGUUUAUCGAAAUUAUACGGGAUCGGGCUUCACGCAAUUCGUCAAAAUACUACGUUAAAAGCAACAACGUUUCUCCAACAAAGAGCAUUCCGCCUUAAUGGAGCUCUUCGCCAGCAGCCGUUUGAUUCUUCAGCGGAGAAGCCGCAGUUUCCCGGGGCCUCGGCGGAGUUUAUUGAUCACCUGGAAUUUAUCCAGCCCAAUGUGAUCUCAGGAAUCCCUGUGUAUAGGGUGAUGGACAGACAGGGCCAGAUCAUCAAUCCGUCUGAGGAUCCUAAGCUUCCAAAAGAGAUGGUUUUGAAUUUCUAUCAGAAGAUGACGUUACUCAACACAAUGGAUCGGAUUCUUUACGAGUCUCAGAGGCAGGGCCGUAUAUCUUUUUACAUGACCAAUUAUGGUGAGGAGGGCACACACAUUGGAAGCGCUGCGGCUCUUGAACCUACUGAUUUGGUCUUCGGCCAAUACCGAGAAGCUGGUGUAUUGAUGUACAGAGGCUUCCCUUUGGAUCUGUUUAUGGCGCAGUGCUAUGCCAACGCUGAUGACCUUGGCAAGGGUAGACAAAUGCCAGUUCACUACGGCUCCAAAGACCUCAAUUUUGUAACCAUCUCCUCACCCCUUGCCACUCAGAUCCCCCAAGCGGCCGGGGCAGCGUACGCAGUCAAGAGGGAGAACUCAAACCGUGCGGUCAUCUGUUAUUUCGGAGAGGGGGCCGCCAGUGAGGGAGACGCACAUGCUGGAUUUAAUUUUUCUGCCACGCUCGAGUGUCCUCUCAUAUUCUUCUGCCGCAACAACGGUUAUGCUAUCUCCACGCCGACCAAUGAGCAGUACAGAGGAGAUGGCAUUGCUGCUCGGGGUCCAGGAUAUGGACUGAUGUCGAUACGUGUGGAUGGAAAUGAUGUUUUCGCAGUGUACAAUGCCACGAAGGAGGCUCGACGCAGAGCGGUGGCUGAAAACCAGCCCUUCCUCAUUGAAGCCAUGACCUACAGGAUUGGUCAUCACAGCACUAGUGACGACAGCUCUGCAUAUCGCUCCGUCGACGAGGUGAACUACUGGGACAAGCAGGACCACCCCAUCUCUCGCCUGCGACACUACAUGACCGCCCGAGGCUGGUGGGCCGAGGACGAGGAGCGGGCCUGGAGGAAGCAGUCACGAAAACUCGUCAUGGAGGCUUUCGAAAAAGCCGAGAAACGUCUGAAACCCAACCCCGAGCUGCUGUUCACUGACGUCUACGAUGAGAUGAUUCCUCCUCUAGUCAAGCAGAGAGAUGCCAUGUGGCGGCACGUCCAGCAGUAUAAAGAGCAUUACCCAAUUGAUCUCUAUGAGAAAUAAUCCAUGAGCCGUGGACACAACUGGGAAGUUCCUUGCACAUGUCAGUUUGUUUGAAUCGUUUUUCUUUGUCGUUUUCUCCAGUUUUAUUAUGUUAGAACGCACAAAUAGUGAAAAAUGUGUUGUUAUCCUCCAUGUUUUCCACUAGAGGCAUCCGUGCUGUCAUUUCGUGCCUUGAAAAUGAUGUAAAAGAAGGAGUUGUGGAAAUCGGUUGAAGGUCUUCUAUGCUGGUCUAAUGUAGCAAAUGUUCUCAUUGUUCUAAGAGCCCAUAAAUCCUGAAUCAUUAUGUUAGCAUUGUGCUAUCAAUCAAUUCACUAGAAUUUCUUUAUUUAAAGCAUGAAAAUCUUGAGUGAUUCAACUGAUUUUAUUUCUCUUGAUAAUCUAUGAAGAACAUUAAGUGUUCUUCAUUCAGUAUGUUUAGAAUAUGGGUUUUCAAGUCACUGUAAAUGUUUAGCAUUGGCUUCUCAUUUCUCCACAAACAACGCUAAUACUCAUUACUGGUGAUGAGAUUGUGAUGCUGUCAUUUGUGUGUGUAUUAUUACCCUCAGACUUUCUACUCCAAACGGAGCUAUUAAUAAGUAUAUAUACAACAUACUGUUACUGUAAUAAUAAAUGGUUUGUGUCUUGUUAAUUUCCCCCCACACAUGGUAUUGUUAGUAAUGACAUUCUGUUUAGCUGUGAUUUUCUGAUUGGUAAUGAACUGAACAAACUUUCUGUGUGAGACUGACUCAACUGUUAGAUGACAUGAUGAUUGUUGUGUUUGAGACUUCUUUCGGAUUAGCUUUAGGGGUUUGCAAAUUGUAUUUUAAACAAUAAAAGAUGCUCACAAAAUGUAA